AUGAGCCGCGACCAGGUUCUGUCCCCAGAGACGGUGGAUGCCAUGAUUGCCGACGGAGAUGUCGUUGUCAUCUUUGAGGAGCAUGUCCUUCGCCUCGAUUCGUGGCUGGAUAGGCACCCCGGUGGUCGCCUCGCAAUCAUGCACAUGGUUGGAAGAGAUGCCACCGAUGAAAUAACAGCGUACCACACCGAUCGCACGCUACGAACGAUGAAGGCAUACCGGAUCGGCCGGAAGCCAAUGGGUCCCUGGACCAACCGCACACCGCCAAUCAGAGGAGGCGUGUUCCAGAAAGGAAUCCAAUCAGAAAUCGUGCCCGACCUGUCCGAGACUCAAUCGUCAGAUCAAGACAAGGACUUCCUGGACGAGGGUUACGGUAGUGGCGUUAGCAGAGUUGCUUCCCGAGACCAGUCCCACAGAUCGAGUCCGUCUCCUGCCUCGCAAUAUGCCACUGGGAGUCAGAUAGCCUCGGACAGGGCCCUCCCGCGUGCCAACGCCAGCCAUGUGCGGGAUGGCAUAGUCGAGGCCCAGAAACCCGUUGACGCUGACAAGGCGGACAAGGUUGCCGAGGCUCGGGUUGCCUUGAGCCCCGAAGAAUGGACCGAGUGGGCUGUCCAGCAGGGCAAGGUGAAUGACGGCAGAGACUUUCCUCCCUUGGACUUGCUUGUCCAAGGUGCCAUUGCCGCCAAGUAUCGACUCCUACACCGUCGUAUCCAAGAUGAGGGCCUCUACGCUUGUCCAUACAAGGAGUAUGUCAAGGAGAUGGUCCGGUACACGACCUUGUUCGGUCUCUUCCUUUACACUCUCUGCCACGGCUGGCAUCUGACUUCUGCCGUCUUCCUUGGCCUCUUUUGGCAUCAAAUUAUGUUUACUGCCCACGAUGCUGGCCACAGAGCCAUCACAACCAUCUUUGCCGUCGACACGCUUAUUGGCUUGUUCAUCGCCGAUUUCUGCUGUGGCCUGUCUUUGGGCUGGUGGAAAAGCAGUCACAAUGUUCAUCACCUAAUCACAAACAUGCCGGAACAUGACCCCGACAUUCAAAACCUGCCCCUUUUCGCCACAUGUCCAUCAUUCUUCAAGUCCCUUCGCUCAAGUUACUAUGACUUUACCUUUGUGUGGGACGCCGCCGCCGAAUUCCUUGUUCCCUUCCAGAAGUACACGUACUACCCCGUCAUGGGUAUCGCGCGAUUCAAUCUCUACCUUCUCUCAUGGCUUCAUGUCCUCUCUUCCAAAUCGUCGUCUCUCGGGAGCAGCAAGGCCUGGUGGAUUCGUCCCACCGAGAUUGCCUUUAUGACGUGCUACUGGUUUCUGUUCGGCUACCUCCUGCUUUGGCGCGCACUUCCGACCUGGACCAUCCGCGUGGCAUUUGUUCUCAUCUCCCACAUGGUUACCAUGCCUCUACACGUCCAAAUAACGCUAUCACACUGGGGAAUGUCAACUUCGGACCUGGGAGAAGAUGAAUCCUUUCCCCAGCGGCAGCUGCGGACGACCCUCGACGUUGAUUGUCCCGCUUGGCUAGACUUUAUCCACGGCGGGUUGCAGUUCCAAGCCAUCCAUCACCUAUUUCCUCGAGUUCCCCGCCACAAUCUUCGCAAGGUUCAAGCCAUGGUCAGGGAGUUUUGCGCAGAUACCAACAUUCCGUAUUCGAUUCUGGGCUUCAUGGACGGCAAUCGCAAGGUAAUCAGUCGACUAGAUGAAGUCAGCCAGCAGGUAAAAAUGCUGGUCAAGUGUCAGAAGUACAUGGCCGAAACCGGGGAGAGCGGGCUGCAUUGA